AUGACCGAGCAGAAGACGAGACGGCGGCUGAGGGGUUUAGGGCUGGGGAAGGAGCUGGGACAGAAGCUGGCGCUGGUGCUGCUGGCGCUGCUGGGACAGAAGCUGGCGCUGGUGCUGCUGGCGCUGCUGGGACGGAAGCUGGCGCUGGUGCUGCUGGCGCUGGCGCUGCUGGCACAGAAGCCUCUGACGGCGACGUUGGCAUCGCUCAAUCCACAGACACCCGAUCAGAUGCGGACGCUGCGUCUGUCGCGGUUUGGUGGUGGUAGUGGCGGCGACUCGCCGGAGCCGAAUGUGGAAGCGGUGGCAGUGCCCGAGUCGGAAGAUGGUGGCGAUUCCAUGGUUGUGCCGCAGGCCAACGCUCCUAUGGCGGCGACGCCAGUGACGCCCAAGACGCAAGUGUUUGAUCCGGCAUUGUCUUUGGCAUCGUCAAGUCCAUCGGCUUUUGUUGCGGGCUCAUCGGGGCUCACGCCAGAGCAAGUGAGGGCAAGGAGGCUGGCAAGGUUUGGCGCGGGUGGAGGGAGCAGCGGGCCAAAGGUCAAAGUGCCGCGGCGCGGGAGCGGACAGGGGACGGGCGUAGAGCACUCGACACCGGCCAGCCGGCGCAACGACGGCGAUGUCCAGGGCUCACCGUCGCCGUCGCGGCUCGGGUUGUCGCCGGCCGGGGCCAACGCGACGCCGCUAGAGGUGUGGAAGGCACGGGUGGUGAAUAAGUGGCUGCAUCCGUCACCACCAGUGUCCGAGGAUGGUCCGGUCGACGUUGAUGCAGCAGUGGCUCAGGCCACGCUUGGGCGUGGUCAUCCCAAGGAUCCGGAGACGCCGUGGGGAAAGCCGGCGUCCGGACGGACACCACUCCAUUUUCUGGUGAGCGUGUACGGGCGGGCGCAGCGGAUGGCGGCGUCGACGACGAUUGCGGCGCAUCCAGGCCGGCCCGAGUUUCUAGCCGAGGUCAAGAGCCUGUGCGUCUCGUACGUGUUGCUCCUCCUUGAGCACGCGGACAGCUUCCCGCAGUCGAGGGAGAGCAAGGCUUCUGGGCCGGCUGGUCUAGUUCCAUUCCUUCUCGGCGUGAGUCCAGGCAUGCCGCUCCCGCCGGGCCUACUGCCGGCGAUGCUGGCCGAGAUCGAGACUUGGGCGAGUGAGCGGGCAGCAGCGUUUGCAGCACCGCUGUUCGAGGCGCUGUGGGCAGGUGUGAGCAAGCUGCGGUUCGAAGACUCUGAAGCCGGACUGUACGUGCGCGCGCUGGGGGCGCUGGUGGAGAGCAAGACUCUGGCGCGUGUUCUGGCGGAGCAUCCGCUCUUCCUCGGCAAGGGCACGGCGAUCGAAACAAAAGCCGGCUCGCUGGUGGAGAGCAGCACGCUGCUCGGCCCGUUCUUCUCACUCUCACCGCUCGACUCGCGCUCGUUUGUUGCAGUCACGUUUGGACCGUCACCAGCGCAGUCACUCGGCCUGCUCACCACCCGGCGAUCGGGUGAAGUGGGCGGGACGUGGCCGUCAAGCCGCGACGAGGUUGAACGAACGCGUGCGCUGGUCGCAGCGCGGCACGAGGCGCUUGUCGCGCAGCUGCACGAAGUGGUGGACAAGGUAGUGCGGGCGGGGCCUGAGGCACGCGAAGCCUUUCUCAGCUGGAUCGGACUUGUCCUCUCUUCCAACACGGCGCGGUUGCACUCCCAGCGGGCAUCACCGAUGGCGACAGCGAGCGAGGGCUUCUUCUUCAAUCUCGCAUGCGUCAUGGUUGCGCUGUGCAAGCCGUUUGUGAGCAAGGGUAAGGCCAAGUUUGGCCUCAUCUAUCCGCAGUACCUCCUGGUCACUGACCGGGUCGAUGUAAGCAGUGACACCAAAAUGGCGGCGUCGUCGCGCGAGACCGAAGCGUGGAUUGACGUCCGCAACCGGACGGCACAGGAGCAGUUUGAGAUUGUGAGGACGCGCCAAGCGAAUGAGGCGGCGUUGCGAGCCGCGGCAGCGGGCGGCGGUGCGAGCAGUAGUGCCACCAGCGGUGCCAGCGGUGCCAGCGGCACGGCCGAAGCUCACGUGAGGGUGCCGACCAAGUUCAAGUUUGUCACCGAGAUGUUCUUCCUCACGCUCCGCACGUUGUACUUUGGGCCUAUGCAGACCGUGGUGCGGUACCGACAGGUUCGGUCGUCGACGCAUCGGUUGAUGAGCGAGAUGCAGGCGAUGAACGAGGGAGGGCAGCGGGCGUCGGACGCGAUGGACCGUGUGGAGAGAAUGAUGGACGCGGCGAUGGGACUGCGGCUCUCGCUGGAGACGCUUGUGCUCGACCGGCGGAUUCUCAACGAGUUUAUGCAGCUCUACGCGUUUACGGCGGCUUGGCUUCUCGAGCGGGCGGAUCCGGAUGGGGUGGGUGUGCCGCUUGCGGGCGUGCCCGAGGCGUUUGGCAUGCUUCCGGAGCACAUUGUGGACGAUGUGGCGACGCUCUGGCACUUUGUGCUCCAGGUUGAGCCUGCGGCACUGGCUUCUGUCUCGCUCGAUCUGUGCAUCUCGUUCAUGAUGACGCUCAUCGGCAAUCCAGUGCUGGUCAAGAACCCAUAUCUGCGAGCCAAGUUUGUGUCGGUUAUGGCCGAGACGCUAGCGCAGGAGCACAGCGUGGGCCUUGCCGAGUUUGAGAGCAAUGCGGUUGCGCGCGAGUGGAUGGCUAUCAUUUUGGUCGACUUUUACGUCGACAUCGAAGUGACCGGCUCCCACACGCAGUUCUACGACAAGUUCUCGGUCCGGCACGACAUUGCCACGAUCGUGAUGCGGAUGUGGGAGUCUAGCCACUUUCGCGGCGCGCUCGGCGAGGUGCCAGCCAAGUACCCCGAGUCGUUUACCCGCUUUGUCAACAUGCUCCUCAACGACGCGACCUUUACACUCGACGAGUCACUGACGCGGCUGGCGCAAAUCCGCGAGCUUGAGGUGCAGCGCGAGGAUGGCCAAGGAUGGAGUGCGCUGAGCGGGGAGGGUAGGGCGGCAGCCGAGGCGCGCGAGGGCGAGCUCCGGUCGGCAGUACGGUCGUAUAUGGUGCUAGCCAACGAGAGUGUCAAGGUCCUUGCACUCCUUGCGCAAGACAUCCAUGCGCCGCUGGUGGCGCCUGCGCUCGCCGACCACCUUGCAACAGUGCUCAACUCGGUGAUGGCCUCGCUUGUCGGCCCGCACUGCCUCGAGCUCAAGAUCGCGCGGCCUGAGCAGGUCUCGUUUGAUCCGCGAGCGCUGCUCUCGGACGUGGCGUCGGUGUACGCGGCGCUGGCGGGCGAGGAGGCGUUCCGGCGGGCAGUGGUCCGUGAUGAGCGCUCGUUCUCGCUCUCUGUCUUUGACAAGAUGCUCAAGGUCGGCUCGCGGAACUCGCUGGUGACGAGCGUACAGCUGGCGGUGCUCGCCGAGCUCCGGCAGCAGCUCGAGGCGUCGUCGGCCGAGUCGAGCGCGCUUGACGAGCUCCUGGACGACGUGCCGGACGAGUUCCUAGACCCGCUGAUGGCAACGCUUAUGCGCGAUCCGGUUAUUCUCCCGUCAUCGCGGGUGAGCGUCGACCGGUCAACCAUCACGCGGCACCUGCUCUCGGACGAGAGUGAUCCGUUCAACCGGCAGCCGCUCACGCUCGACCAAGUGAUCCCGGACGAGGCGCUGAAGGCGCGGAUCGAAGCGUGGAUCGCGGCACGAGUGAGUGCUGGGAAGGAAGAGGUUGGGUAGGGAAGGGCUGUAUAAACAGUGUCAGGCC